GGGUAUUCUGGGAUAUUGCCCCUUGAUGGGUAACCGCUGACUGCUUGUUUAGUUCACUUUAAAACUUUUCUUCCUUUUGAUCGUCGAUGAUGGCGAUUUUCAAUCGCAUAAUUUCUUCUCUUCUUCUUCUGAUCUUCUUCAGUUCGUCAGCUUAUGGCUUUAUCGAGGGCCUUUAUUGUGGGACGGAAAACUGUUAUGACGUACUCGGAGUUUACAGAGAAUCUUCAAAGGCGGAAAUAGCGAAAGCUUAUAGAAAACUAGCCCGCAAGUACCAUCCUGAUCGAUACAAGGGUGAAGAUGCUGAACAAAAGUUUCAACUCAUUGCAACAGCUUAUGAGGUUUUAAAAGAUGAUGAACAAAGAGCUGAUUAUGACUACAUGUUGGACCAUCCAGAGGAGACAUAUGGCCAUUACUAUCGUUACUAUAGACGGCAAGUCGCUCCUAAGGUGGAUGUGCGAGUGGUCAUAGCGGUGUCAAUUACAGUUGUUUCCUUGCUACAGUAUCUUCAUGGCUGGUCUCGAUACAAUGAAGCUGUGAAGUAUGCCUUGACAAUGCCAAAAUACCGAAACAAGGCCAUGCAACGUGCAAGAGAGGAAGGUCUCUUGAAUAACUUAAAGAAAGGCAAGAAAUCCAAGGAAGAACUAAGGGAGGAAGAGGAAUCUAUACUCAGAGAAGUUGUGGAAAAUUCUUUGGAUAUCAGGGGAGGUUACAGCAAGCCAAGAAUAGUUGAUGUCCUUUGGCUAAGGAUUGUCCUUCUCCCUUAUACGAUUUUGUGUUACAUUGGCUGGUUGUUACGUUGGCACUGGAAAUUUACCAUUAGAAGAGAGGAAUAUGGGGACGAGGAAAAAGGAUACCUUAUUAGGAAAAAGCUGGGAUUGUCAUCUAUCCAAUGGGAUGCUAUGGAACCUGCGCGCAAAGAUGUUCUUUUCUCUCGCAGAUUGUGGAUUGAUGCUAACUUUCAGGAAUUCAAACAAGAACAAGAAGACGAAAUGAGAGUGAAACUUGCACAGAACAACAAGUACAAAGCCUACAGACGCUACAUGAAAAAAGGCGGACCAGGACAGAUGACAUUCAUCGAGGACGAUUAGUUAUCAUACUUAGUAUAAGAAUAGAACAGCAAGAUAAAUUUCUUUAUUUAAUGAUAAGAGAUCACGCCUGAUAUUUCAUACCACUCUAGUAAAUAUUUGUCAGAGUGGUUUUUUGCCGGGUAUUAACUGCUUGGCGUGGCUUGCCGGCUCAUAACCUUGAAACAUCGUCCAAAGAAAAGAGGAAAUCGUAUGCAACAUUGAGCUGCAUGUCAGCCUGUCAUGGAAAUCAAACAUAUUAAAUAUGUUUAAUUAUUUUGUAGGGUAACAUACAUCAAACCACUGGGUAAAUAUGGAAUACGCUGUAGACAGGAGUUGACACUGUUGAAGAAUUAGAUAAAUGACUCACAUUUUGUAGAUGGUACUAAGAUGUUUUAGUUAACUUUUAAGCUUUCAUCUAAAAAAGAGUUGGGCGAUACGUCGUAGGCCCAGUUCAGACGCCGAAAUUUUCAUGGGCCGAACAUAAUACAUUGAAUUAAGUACAUGAAAAAUUCAGCGUCUGAAUCAGCUAAGAAAGGCAAUUUGAAUUUGGAACGGUUCAGCCGUUCUUCCCGCCUAGCUCAGCCGGGAAUUUCGGCCUUGGAACGGCUUUGAUUCAGAUAUCGAACUUUUCAUGUGCCGAAUCUAAUGCAUACACCUUGCCUGAAAACCGCUGAUCUUUCGAUGUGUUUUGGUUCAAACUAAAUUAAGUUCGGUGAAUUAAGUGCGACGUCUGAAUCAACACGCAUACUU